GGGCACAAAUUUGACAAAACCAACAGCUAUUCAUACACACUGUAGUGAAACUAAACAUUCAUUCGAUUUUCAAAAUGUAAAGAUACUGAAAACAGAGCCUAAUACUAAAAAAAGAGAACUCUACGAAUCGAUAGAAAUUCAAAAAAAACAACAAUCCAUAAACUUUAAAACCGGCACAAAAGUCGUUAGUAUAAUUUACCAUACAAUUCUGAUCUAAAUAUAAAAUAUAAUCUAAAAACUAAAUAAAUAAGGGUAGCUGGUAUAAAAUUAAAUCUAAAGUAAAAAAUGAAGUAAAUAAAUAACAUCGCCGGGGAAAAAAACGUACUUUCGUAGUUCUGCUUCGCAUGCCAAUUGAUAUCUCAGUCCGCACGAUAGAUUCGCAGACACGCGCAUGCAAAUUGUUAUUGUCAAUAUUUACACCGUUUGUAUUUGUUUUACAAUUUUAUAUCUACAGUUUUAUUUCGUGCCGUCGUGUGUUGUAUCUAAAUGUUUUUAUUUCUACAUCGAUUUUAAAAUUAGGCAAGUUCGAUUCACCAUCAACCGACGCAAAAGGAAUCCAGAAGAUUUGUCAGUGUCAACAUUUAGAUAAAGUUAAAACCUUUGCAAAGCAACGUUCAUGUCCAAACGAUACAUAUACCGCAUUAAAUGAAAAAUUUUGAGUACCCACUUGAUCCAUGUCCUCGAAAAUUAAAAGUAUAUUACUGUGUGAUUUCAGCCGUAAUCUAUGUAAUUAUCGCAUGAAUGCAAAAGUAAUUUCUAUUAACCUCCCCUUGCCAAUGGAUCUGAAUUCAAAGUGUAGUAAUAAUUAUUAUUGAUAAACAAAUAUUAAAGAGGAAAAUGUUCUAACAUUUUGUAAAUUAUCCGAGAGAACAAUGUGCGAAGGGACGCUUUUGCGCGUUGAUCCCAUAUUGAUCUUCCGCUGAAAGAGAUGUUCUGAACCGCGGUCUAAAAUGUAGGCGUAACCAAUUGCUGCAAAUAUCACAAAAGAAAAUGCAUUACUCAGCACCAAAUCACUUAUGGAUUUACUUGGUGGCUAUAUUUGGUUUCACCUAUUAUCAUGAAGUGGCAGCCGACAUUAAACACAUUGAAGCCAAUCCAGAUGCGAAAAGAUUAUACGAUGAUCUCCUCAGCAACUAUAACAGAUUGAUUCGACCAGUGAUCAACCACACAGAAACUCUCACCGUAUGGCUAAGUCUAAAACUUUCUCAACUUAUCGAAAUGAACCUGAAGAACCAAGUUAUGACAACCAACCUCUGGGUAGUACAGAAAUGGUACGAUUAUAAACUCCGAUGGGACCCGGAGGAAUACGGAGGGGUUGAAAUGUUAUACGUACCCUCUGAACACAUUUGGCUUCCGGACAUCGUUCUGUUUAAUAAUGCUGAUGGAAAUUACGAAGUUACCCUUAUGACAAAAGCCACAUUAAAAUAUACGGGAGAGGUAGUUUGGAAACCUCCUUCGAUAUACAAGUCAUCCUGUGAAAUAAAUGUGCAAUAUUUCCCUUUCGAUGAACAAAGUUGUUUAAUGAAGUUCGCCUCGUGGACUUAUAAUGGCCUCCAGAUUGACUUGAGACACAUGGAGCAACAAGCCGGGAGUAAUAUAAUAAAAGUCGGUAUAGAUCUUUCUGAAUUUUAUUUAUCCGUGGAAUGGGAUAUUCUAGCAGUACCCGCCACAAGGAAUGAGGAGUACUAUCCAUGCUGUCCUGAUGAACCCUAUUCUGAUAUAACGUUCAAAAUUACCAUGCGAAGGAAAACCUUAUUCUACACAGUUAAUUUAAUCAUUCCGUGUGUGGGAAUAACAUUUCUUACAGUGUUAGUGUUUUAUUUGCCUUCAGACUCAGGCGAAAAGGUCACCUUAUGCGUCUCAAUAUUACUAUCUCUCACAGUUUUCUUCCUGUUGCUGGCUGAAAUCAUUCCACCUACCUCGCUGGCUGUGCCAUUAUUAGGGAAGUAUCUACUAUUUACUAUGAUACUUGUUACUUCAUCCAUUUGGGUUACUGUAUGUGUGUUAAAUGUUCACUUCAGAUCACCGUCGACACAUAAAAUGUCUCCCACGUUCCGAAAAAUAUUUCUUCAGCUGAUGCCGAAAUUAUUAAUUAUGAGACGCACCACAUACACACUGCCGGAAUACGACGACUCCCUACCGCCCCGUGGCUACUCCAAUGAAAUCGACAUCCAGUUAAACAUGAACGAACCGUUCACUACGGAUUUCAAAAUCGCCACGAGAGAACCAAGCUUUGCUUUGCAAAACUCUGACCAAGAAGAGCUCAAAAUGAAGCCUCACUCUUCCAUGGGUGGAUCGUCAGCUAAUUUUGCACCCAAAAAUCUAUCCGCCAACGUGUUAACAGCUUUGGAAGGAGUUCGUUUUAUUGCCCAACACAUCCGAGAUGCGGACAAGGAUAAUGAGAUUAUCGAAGAUUGGAAAUUCGUUUCUAUGGUACUGGACCGAUUCUUCCUUUGGGUUUUCACAUUGGCUUGCAUCGGAGGAACAUGCGGCAUCAUUUUCCAAGCUCCUUCACUUUACGACACUAGAAUUCCGGUGGAUCAGAAACUGAGCGAAAUUCCUUUGAGCAAAAUAUUUCAAAAUCAGUUACCACUACCUCCUGGUCUUCCUCCCUCUUAAAAAAAAUAUUAUUGGACUAACGGUCUAACGAACAUUUAUCGAUCAUUGUUAUCGUUCGCAUAGGAUCAAAUCUAAUCGGUAAAAAGCACUGGUAACUAAAUUGAUCAAGCCAAGCUCUGGAAUGUGCUUUGAUUAAGAAAGUGUUGGUAAUUGUAAUUUCGAAGUAGAAUAUGUAUUUUAUUGUACAAUAUCGACAAUAUGUUUCAUUUUCAACGAUAAGGGAGGGUGCGAAUAAAUAGACGGAGCGAGACAGAAAUACAAUUAUAGCAAACUGAAUUUGCCUUUCAUUUAAUUGAAAAAGAGGUUCAAAAUAUCCAGUAUGGUGAAUACUAUAACGACUUUCGCAUUAUUAAAACUCAUUGGAAGAAAAGGUGUUUAGUUGGAGUAACUCUGCAACUUUAUUCAAUAACCGUAUAUUUCUUUUUCAAUGCUCGGAUCAUUCUUACACAUCCUGAGCAUAUUCUCAGAGCAUCCUCGUGGUGUUAUCAAUAUUUUUCGAAUUUUCGUUAUACAACACCGAAUAGUUUCGAAUUUCAUUUGUUUUUUUGUAGAGAAAAAUCGUCUUUAACAUAUUAAUAUAAAUCGUUUUGAUAAUCGUUAAGAUCAGAAAAAUCAAAAUAAAAAAUAAAAAUGGAUAAUCAUUAUUUUUAUCUUUAACAUUAAUGAGAUGCCAGUUUUCAAAAGUUUUUCUAAUUUACUUAGUUUAAGUAAUCUUCAAUAGAGCACGUGUUAUGUUUAGUAAGGCAUGGAUCGCCAUUUUUCAUUAUUUGUUUUGACGUCUUUGUUAAGUCAUUUUAUAUAUUAUUAAUAUGAUUGUAAAAUAUACUUAGGCGUGAUUAACUACAUUAUUUAUUUAUAGUAUUCGGCCAAAUGUUGAAUGUGUUCUAAUUCCCUCUUUUAUUAUAUAAA